UAGGCGAUUGCCUAAAACGGUCACACUGUGCUCAGCAAAGAAGAAGAAUGGUCUUUUGAAGAAGUGAUUAAAUUGAUUUAAGUGUCUUAAAAUUGAAUUCAUUGUUUACCAAAAUGACCGAGGACUGGCAGAGUCAGAAGUUCCGUCAGAAUGUCAUCUCCAAAAUCCACGACUUGUUGCCACCAAAUGCACAGGACCAGACUAAAAAUGCCGGCGUUAUGGAGAACCACAUAUUUCGGAAGUCGCGUACCAAGGACGAGUAUUUAGGACUGGUAGCCAAGCUUUUUAUGCAUUACAAGGACAUGUCCCGAAAGUCCCAGCAACAGCAGCAGCAGCAACAACAACAGCAGGGUGGCCCGCCCCCAAAUGCAGAAAUGGGCGGCGGGCAGAAUAUGAUGCAGGAUCCACUGAACGCACUUCAGAAUCUUGCUAGUCAAGGGAAUCGCAAUCCCCAGAUGAUGCCAAUGGGCGCUGGGGGAGGAGCUCCAGUGCCCGGUGGCCCCGGAACCGCAUCUAAUUUGCUACAAUCCCUGAAUCAGCAGCGCCCUGGACAGCAGCAAAUGCAACCCAUGCCCAAUAUCCGUGGUCAAAUGCCCAUGGGUGCCGGUGGAGCUGGAGCCCAGCAGAUGAUGCAGGUUCAACAGAUGCAGCAAGGCGGAAAUGCCCCCGGAGUGAUGAACGUGAUGGGUUCCGGCGGCGGGCAGAAUCAGGGACAGAUUGUCGGAAAUCCCGGUCAGCAGAUGGGCGUGGGCGUUGGCAUGCCCAACCAAAUGGUAGGACCGGGACCAAACAGUGGACCCGCUGUCGGCGGAGCCGUCGGAGCAAAUGCUGCUCCAGGAGCAGGGGGCCCCGGGCCAAAUCAGAUGCAGGGCGGGCCGAUGAACGUAAAUGCCAUGCAACAGAUGCCUCCCAUGCAGCAAAUUCAGCAGAGCCAAAUGGGGAUGGGUAUGAAUCCCAUGAUGAGAAUGGGCCAAGGCAACGGAAUGGGCGGACCCCAAGGAAUGCCCGGCCAGGGUAUGCAGGGAAUGCCUCAGGGACCACACAAUGUAGUUGGCGGACCUGCGGGUCAACAACAAGUGGGUGGAGCAGGUCUGCCUCCCAAUGCUGUGCAACAGGGAGGAAUGAACCCCAUGGGCGGUAUGGGUGUGAACAUGCCACCGAAUUUGCAGCAAAAGCCAAACAUGCCCAUGGGCCAGGGGGGCCAGAUGUUUCCCGGUAAUCGAGGAGGUGUGGGAGUGGGUGGCCAGCAACCGGGACAGCCCUUCAUGCGAUCCAGUCCCUCGCCAGCGGAUGCUCAGCAAUUGCAGCAACAGGCUCAGCUUCAGCAAAUGCAACAACAGCAGCAACAGCUGGUGGUGGGCAAUCAGACGCCCACUCAGCAACCUCCGACACCGCAAAUGUCCACGUCCAAUAUGAUUCCCAGUCCGGCACUGGUUCCCCAGUCCAGUCCGCAGAUGAUGCAGAUGCAGAAUUCGCAGCGCAAUAUUCGGCAGCAGUCUCCGAGCGCCUCGAUCAACACACCUGGUCAGGUGACUGGUAACAGUCCAUUUAAUCCCCAGGAGGAGGCAUUGUACCGCGAGAAAUAUAAACAGCUGACCAAGUACAUCGACCCUUUGAAACGGAUGCUUGCCAAGAUCAGCAACGACGGAACAAAUGUGGAGAAGAUGACAAAGAUGAGUAAGUUGUUGGAGAUUCUGUGCAAUCCUACACAGCGCGUGCCCCUCGAGACUCUUCUGAAGUGUGAAAAAGCCCUUGAGAAGAUGGAUCUUAUCUCCUAUUCCGGCCAGCAGUUUGGCAAAUCCUCGAAUCCCUUGCUGGAGGUUAUAAAUACAACACUCCAAAGUCCAGUGGCAAAUCACACACUGCAUCGCACAUUCCGACCCACUUUGGAACUGCUCUUUGGUACGGAUAUAACAGCUCCAGUGCCCGCGAAGCGACCUCGAGUGGUGGAAAAGUCCACGUCUUUUGAGCAGGAGGUGCCACAUGUGCUUCAAGGCGAAAUUGCUAGGCUGGACACCAAGUUUAAAGUGAAAUUGGACACCACAUCACAGAUAAACAACAAGACCAUUCGCUUGAUUUGUUGCCUAGAUGACAAACGAUUGCCCAGUGUUCCGCCAGUAAGUGUCAGUGUGCCGGAGGAAUAUCCGUGGCAGGCUCCGGACUGCUCCUUGGCGGAACAGGAGUAUUCAGCCACCCCCUUCCUGCAGACGGUGCAACAAGCUCUCAUCGCCCGCAUCUCAAAGUUGCCCAAGAACUACUCGCUUUCACAUUUGUUGGACACCUGGGAGAUGGCUGUGCGACAGGCGUGUUCGCCCCAAUCGAAACCCAGAGCAGUCUGUGAACUUUCCACUUUGCUGGGAGUUUAGCUCAACUAUUUGCUUAAAUGCAACUAUAAAUUUACAUUUUUUAGCCUAAGCUAAAAGUGCGUACGUUACAUAUAUUUUUGUAUUUGUUGGAAGGUUUACCCCUCUAUCCGGCCUAAUGCAACUAUAAACAUUCAUUCUAUCUAAGCUAGGCAAAAAGUGUGGGAAGUUAAAUGCCCAAAAUGUCUCCAAUGGAUUUUGUGGAUACAAAUAUUUACAUAUAAGACAAAUGGCUUUUAUAGCUAAAAUAAAAUAAAACCAAUUAUUUCAAAUAACUUUGAGCUGCAGCGCGUUAAAACAUCCCGUUAUAUACACAACACACUCAUCAAUUAAAUCAAAGAAAAAUCUACACAUCAAGCAAAAAACAUUCCACACUAAAUUCAACACCAAAUUGGGGCUCUAUA